CUGGAUGUCACUUCAAACAUUGUAAUCAAAUUCAGCAUAGGACCCUGGAAUCUACUGAAGGUGGAUGCUGUACACAUUAUACACUGGGGUUUUAUCUGCACAUGCCCCCUCCACACGCCUUCUCUCCUCUUCUUUGUUUUGGUCAGUGUGGGCGAUUGAAUCCAGACCCUAUGUAUUCUGGGGCUGGUAUUCUGCCACUGAGUUGUAUCCCCAGACCUUCCUUAGUGCUGUGUUGUGUUCUUAGCCAGCUUUCUUACUUCCUUAAUCUUUUGGUGGUUUUGUUUGUUUUUGACAGGAUGUCUCCAUAGAGACAUAGAGGCCCAAAGUGGCCUAGAAGUCACUGUCAUCCUGGGAGGCCUUGAUGCCAUGAUCCUUCUAUGGCUGUCUCCUAAAUGCUAAGAUUUUGGAAUGUUUGGAAAACAUGAGAUUUCUUGAGGAUAAGACAGAAAUCUAAACACAGUUAUGUUUUAUAUGUACAAUAUAUAAUUUUGUUAUAUAUUAUAAAAUAUAAUUUUUAUACAUUAUCUAUAAUAUAUAGUCUGAAAGUAAUUUUGUAUAAUACCAAUUGAGUAUCUCUAAUCUGAAAAUUCACACCCCCAGUCAUCAUCUGUAAAGUCUGAGACUUAGAGCACCACUGGGACACUCAAGUUCAGAUUGUGGAUCUGACACGUGAAAGUUUCAGAUUUUCGAUACUUUUGUUUUAUGUGGGGGGGCGCAUGCCCAGGGCAUACAGACUAAGCACUUUGUCAGGAAGCUACACCUCAAGCCCCAAACUGAAAUCUGAAAUGCUAUGGGACACAAACCAUUUUUUUUUUUUUUCUUCCUUUUUCUUUCUUUGAUUCUGGAACUUUGAGACAGGAUUUUGCUACAUGGAUCUGGAUGGGCUGGAAUUGUCUGCUUGGCCAGAUUGACCUUGAACCUUUCUGGCAGUGUUACUGCCAGCCUUAGUCCCUCCCCUAAAUGCCUGAGCACUCAUAGGGGAAGAAAUAGUUCAGAUAAGGCAUAUGAAACAUUUGUUUGUUUAUUUGAGACAGGAUCUCAUUCUGUAGCUCAGGCUAGCCUGGAAUUCACUAUGUAUCCCAAGUUAGCCUCAAAAGUUCAGUAAUUUUCCUAAGUCAGUCUCCUAAUGACUGAACAUUUAGUUAGUUAGUUGCCUAUUUAUGGACAGGGUCUCAUUCUGUAGCCUAGGCUGGUCAAAAAGUCAGUAUCUGGUCCAUAAUGACCUUAAAAUUUUGGUAAUCCUUCUGCCUUAGUCUUCCAAAUUCUGGGAUUAUAGAUGUAUAUCCUCUGUUUGUUUGUUUGUAGGUUUUUUGUUUUAUUUUGUUAAGUCAGGAUCUCCCUAUCUAGCUCUGGCUAUCCUGAAGCUAUGUUUAUCAAGCUGACCUUGAACUCAGAUCUGUCUGCCUCUAUGUCAUGAGCAUUGAGAUUAAAGGUGUGUGCCACAACGUGCUUGUUUUUAAGGAAUAUUGAAAUAAGCAUUUAAACCAUUUGUGUGUAUGUUUACUUGUGCUGAUGUACUUGCACCAUGGCCAAGUGUAGAGGUCAGACACAAUCUAAACAGUUUAUAGUAGUUGGUUCUUUUCUUCGAGCAGGUAGGUUCUGGGGGUUGAACUAGGUUGUCAGGCUUGGUGGCAAGCCUGAGAUUGUAUCCUAAUCUUUAUCUUAUUUAAAAAUAUGUAAGUGUGUGUGUGUGUGUGUGUGUGUGUGUGUGUGUGUGUGUGUGUGUGUGUAUUUUAACUUGCUCACCCUUGCUUCCCUGGAUGGCCCAGAAUUUCCUAUGCAGACCACCACCAAAUCUACCUGCCUGUGCCUCCCAAGUACAGAAAUUGAAGGCAUGUACCACCACAUCUGUACUUUAUUUAGAAUUUGUUCAUUUUUGCCAGAUAUGGUGGCACAUACCUUUAAUCCCCUUGGGAGGCAGAGAUAAGUAGAUGUCUGUGAGUUUGAGGCUAGAAUGGUCUAUCUACAAUGGGAGUUCCAGGAUAACCAGGGCUCUUAUUACACAGAGAAAACCUGUCUCAAAACAACAAACCAAAAAGAAAUUAUGUGCAUUUUUAUUUUAUGUGUCUGUUUGCUUGCAAGUAUGUCUGUGCAUGAUGUACAUACUGUAAACUGAAUACAGCCCUUUGCAAGAACAUUAAAUGGUCUUAACCACUGAGCCAUCAUUCCAAUCUCCCAGUUUAUUUUCAGUCUCCCAAUAUUUAUAUUUAUUGUGAUUCCAUUGUAAUUGAGGUCAUUUAUAAAAUUUGCCGUGCAUGUUAUUGUGAUGCUUAAGAGGUUUAGCGCUUUCUUCCAGCAUUUUAAAUUUUAGACUUAGAUUAUGGAUACUCAAAAAUAUAUGUAUAAGAAAAAAAAGAGAAAUGUUUUAUGUGUGUAAUUAUACCACUGCAGUCUUCAAUGUAGGGCAAAGGAGCAAAACGGGGAGAGGGUGUAGGAUCUUUCAUUCAGUAUGUUUUGGCUGAAGAAAAUGCUAAUGGUACCAAAUUUGGUUUUGAAUUUUUUCUUUUUUAGAAGUGUGUUCAUCUAGUAGUUUUAUUUAACAACAAGAUAAGUAGUUACUCGGGAAAAAGAUAAUUUUAUUUACCAUGGGAUUUACAGGGAUUUAAAGCCAUAAAUAGCUAUUAAUUAUAUUGGUUGCUUAAUUCAUACUGAUAAACAUACAUUGGAGGCUUGAAUUUUUUAAUUACAUUUAUUUGUGUAUGUGUGUACACGUGUUCAUGUCUCCUGUGAAUGUCUGUGAGAAUGCUGGGCUGUGGUAGCUCCGGGACACAGGAACUUACUCUCGGGACUCAGGAAGCAGAGUGGAUCUCUUGAGAAUGUAUGUGCACGUCUGUGUGUGUAUGUCAGUGGAGGUCAGAGGACAACCUGAAGGACUUGGUUCUUUCUCUACCAUGUGGAUUCUGGGGUUCAAAGUCAGUCAUCAGGCUUUGGGACAAAUGCCUUUAACUGAUGAGUGCCAAACCAAAUAUGGAAAUGCUAAUGCCUGGAGAUACUGUACCAAAGUUUUUGAUAUGCUCACAGUAGCAGCUUUAAUAGAUGAGCAGAUUUUGUGUGUUCAUGGCGGUUUAUCUCCUGAUAUCAAAACACUGGAUCAAAUUCGAACUAUUGAACGAAAUCAGGAAAUUCCUCACAAAGGAGCAUUUUGUGACUUGGUGUGGUCAGAUCCUGAAGAUGUGGACACUUGGGCAAUCAGUCCCAGAGGAGCAGGUUGGCUAUUUGGAGCAAAAGUCACAAAUGAGUUUGUUCAUAUCAACAACUUAAAACUCAUCUGCAGAGCACAUCAGCUUGUGCACGAAGGCUAUAAGUUUAUGUUUGACGAGAAGCUGGUCACAGUGUGGUCUGCUCCUAACUACUGCUAUCGCUGUGGAAACAUUGCUUCCAUCAUGGUCUUCAAAGAUGUCAAUACGAGAGAACCAAAGUUAUUCCGAGCAGUUCCAGAUUCAGAACGUGUUAUUCCUCCCAGAACCACGACGCCGUAUUUCCUUUGAGGCCUUUGCCAUCCCACUGGCCCACUUUUUGCCCUCUUUUACCCCAACUUUCUUGUACCCUCUACAAUAUACUUUUUAUUGAGCACUUUGCUGCUGAAAUGCUGCCUCUUGCCUUUUUUUUUAAUUUUAAAUUAUCUAAAUUUAUUGUUUGUUAUGGUGUCAAUAGCAGUGUUUUUCUAUCAGUUUUGUCACUCCUCCUACCCCACCUUGGACUCGUUUGAGAAGACUUGAGAAAUGUCUUAAUACUCACAUUGCUGCAUGUAGCUCUUGCUUUUUUGCUGUUCUGGGGAGACAGGAAGCAUUUCUUUUUUAAAAAAGCCAAUUGACAAUGACUUGGAAGUCCUCCUCAUUUGUAUCAGCCAGCCUUCUGUUUUUGUUUGGUAGGAUUUAAAAAAUUUCAGCAGCAAAGUUGCCCAGUGGGCAGGAUGGACUGCAUAUGCCUGAGUCGUGUACCCUUGUCAACCCGGCUGUAAACCUCACUGUCCUUUGUUGGAUGAUAAUUUGAUGUUUUAAAAGGGUAUAAAAUAAAUUGGUCUAAAGGGCUGCCCUCCUUGUUGUGUUUUUAAAUUUUAGUUAAAAACUGCUACAGCUAUGACUUUGUACAUUAAGAUAAUUGUACUGAUCUUUUUUCAGAAAUCUUGUAUUUUUUAAUAAAAUAAUCUUAAAACCCAGAUAGGUUAAGUGUUAGAAAUUUUAAACAACUUACAUUGUUAGCUGAAAGUUUCUUUUUCUUUCUUACUUUUUCUUUUCUUUCUUUUUUUUUUUUUCUUUUUCAUUUUCUUUGUUGAGUUUUUGACCCUUUGGUUGAGUUAAAUUUCAAUUGAAAUUCAAUAUUUUUUUAAAAAAAUCACUAAAUUGUGCCUAAAGAACAUAACUGCCAUAUUAAUGUUUUUAUUUCUAUAGUAUUAGAAAAACAUUUAAUACUUGUAGCAUUGAUGUGUUGAUUUGAUACCAGUUGAGUAGAAUGUGCUCAGUCCAGUUUACACUCUGUCAUGAGUAUCAUCAAGUAAACACAUGUACUUUUCAAUAGCAAGCAUUCUCUCACUGUAACCCUUGACCUUAACUUUUACAAAGUAUUCAGUUUUUAACUGCAAUUUUAAAGGCUGAACAAUCAGAACCCUUGUGUUUGUGAAGUAUAAUCUGAAGCAGAUUAUUUAAAGUUUAAGAAGAAACAGACUGUUCUCUUGUGAAGGUCUGUCAUACCAUAUUUCAGCUUUGUGUUUGUAACUUGACUAUCUAAAGGGUUGUGAUGAUCAGUUCUUGAUAUAUAAUUGUCCAUUAAUAAGGACAAGUAUAUCAUUAUCUCUUAUGACUGUACUCAUAGAUGAUUUUGGGAUAUACCAUCUUAUGAAAUUGUUGGUAUCCCUUUAUAAUUUCUUGUCAUCCUAGGAAAUCCAUGUGAAGUCGAUUGAUAAAGCACUUUAGCAUCUGUUCAGGUAGUUUUCAAAGCAACUUUUCCCCUUCAGGAUAAGAACUUCCAGGUUAUCUAAAAAUGCAAUAAAGAUCUUAAUAGUCUAAGCUUCUUGGCAAAUAAUCUUUCAUCAGGGUUUCUUUUACUCAAUGAGCACAAUAUUAUUUUGAUUUUAUUUGUCCCCAACCACCCACCUCCUUGUACAGUUUUUAAUUGUGUAGCUCUGUGAAAAAAGUGGCUGAGACAUUUGAUACACACACUUGAACUAAUAGUGGAUCGGUAGCUUUGUGCUACUGUCCUAACCCCAGUGUAAUUCAGGUGGAAAGGUAUUUUUAUCUCACAGGAAUAUGUAGCUAUGUAUUUUACUAAUUGUGAAACACUGGAAUUAAUGAUGCAGACAACUUGGUGUGGUUUUUGAACAGCUCUGCAGUAUUUUCUUGAUCAUGUUACCAUGAAUUGUAUUUAAGUGCUUGCCCUCCUGCUUUUAAGUUGUACCAGUUAAACCAGUAACUCUCAAUCCCCUUUCCACUUCACACUCCUUAGCUUAGUUGAUGUAGUUGUUUUCAUUCUCCUUGUAAUGUGACUUAUUUUCAAGUCAUGGUGUACUGCAUUUGUUUGUCACUAGCUGGGCAUGUGCCAAUAAUAUUCUGUCCAUUCCUUAACUGCCAUCUCUGUUUUGCCUGACUAUUCUUCCACUGAUAAUGGCUUUGGGGCAUGGAAAAAGUAGUUUUUGCUAUUAGACUUGUGAAGGAAAGAGAGAGUGAAUGAAUGUAUUGGACUUUGUAAGCCUGAAAAAGAAUAUUUGGAUCCCUCUACUAAACAAGGGCUAUGUAUUAUACAGAGUAAUCUUGUGGGAGAUACUUGCAAGCCAGAGAUCUGUAGGCGAGGGAAUCUGCUACUCCCUGUAUCUAGGCCGAAUGUAAAAUCCCUUAUGUUGUAUCAAUGGAGCUAAGAACUAUUUUUAUUUGCCUGUGAUAUUCUUGGUUUCUAAUAAAGUGUUCUAGGCUCCAGUGAGAACUGUCUACUUUGAAUUGCCAUCUCCUCCCUUUCUUCAUUGGCUGAUAGACUCUUGGCUAGCUUUCCAUAGGUCAAUGCUUCUCCCUGAAGAAUCUCAUUUCUUUAAAUGUGUUCACUCGUGCGUGAUCCUAAAAAGCCUUGACUACAUCUAAUAUACAGCCUGUACCAGCUCCUGUUCUAUCUGGAUAUCUAGAACUGUUGGAAGAUUUUGACAUCUUAAAUGCUGAGUUUUGCUUUUGAAAUAAGGUUCAAAAUGUUCGUUGCAUUUAAGAUCUGUGUGUGUUUGCUCUGUAACCCCAGCUCCGGGUGUUGGAAAAUGCCUGUACUGUGAAAGCCUGCCAUUGUCAGAAGUAGAAUCACUUUUGUCAGAUUCCAGAAAAUUAUGUACAGAGUUAAAGAGAUUUAACUACAAGAUUUAUCUACAAGAAUCCAAAUCUUUCAAUGUCACUGUUUUCUAAAUGCUAAUGUUUGUAAAGCACCUUCAGUUCUUUGAAUGAAAGGUGCUGCAUUCCCUCGGUGUCAAUUAAUAAAAAGAUUAUAGGAA